CGAUGAUGAGCGGUGCGGUGCGGGCCAUGCGGUGAGCGGCGGUCAGCUGUUGUUGUUGUUGCGGCGCGGCGAGACGAGGCGGCCAGCGAGAGGCGCAUCUCAGAAUGACCGCAGACAUGGACACGGAAGACUCCAACCUCGCCGUGAUCAUCAAGCGGCGCCUCACACCCCUCAUCCAGGUGGAAGUAGAGCCAGUAGGGCGAUGGUUCCACGUGUAUGAAGCACGGCGGCUGCGAGGACACCUCACCUCCUCUGCUGGAGAGAGCGAGGAGGAGAGUGAGGAGGAGGAGGCUCAGGAGGUGGAAGUGGAGGAUGACAUCCACUAUCUUCGCUCCCUCAAUCCAGCGGACUGGAAGGACCAGGACCACUACGCAGUGCUGGGGCUGCGUAAAUUCAGGUAUAAGGCCACCGACGACGACAUCAAAAAAGCUUACCGCAUGAUGGUCCUGAGGCACCACCCAGACAAGCGCCGUGCUGCCGGGGAGGAGGUGAGGGAGGACGACGACUACUUCACCUGCAUCACCAAGGCAUAUGAGAUUCUUGGCGACCCCAUCAAACGCCGCUCCUGGGACUCGGUGGAUCCAGAGUUUGAUGACGAGGUGCCGGUUGUCAACGCAUAUAACAAAGCCAACUUCUUCCAGGUGUUCACUCCUGUGUUGGAGCGCAAUGCCCGCUGGUCCACGCGCAAGCACGUUCCCGGCCUCGGCAAACCUGAUGACCCAAAACAAAAGGUUGACCGCUUUUAUGGAUUUUGGUACGACUUUGAUUCGUGGCGGGAGUUCUCAUACUUGGACGAGGAAGAAAAGGAGAAGGGACAGGACCGAGAGGAGCGGCGGUGGAUAGAGAAACAGAACAAAGUGGAGCGAGCGAGACGACGCAAGGAGGAGAUGGCCAGAUUACGAAGACUCGUUGACAACACCUACGCCUGUGACCCAAGGAUAGCUAAAUUCAAAGAAGAAGACAAAGAGAGAAGACUGGCACAGAAAAAGGCAAAAGCAGAUGCAAUAAGACAAAAACAAGAAGAGGAGGAAAGGAUAAGACGGGAAGCAGAGGAAGCAGAAAGAAAGAAACGAGAAGCAGAAGAGGCUGAGCAGAGAGCAAAACAAGAAGUAGAAAAGAAAGAAAGGGAAGCUCUGAAAAAGGCAUUCAAGAAGGAGAGAAAGGCGCUGCGAACACUCUGCAAAGACAGUGGUUACUUCGCCUCUGAGGAAGCCGAGCGCGUGCAGACCAUGACGGACGUGGAGCUGCUGUGUGAGGCCCUGGAGCUGACCCGCCUGGAGGAGCUCAACAAGGAACUGACACAGGCUGCCCAGGACAAGGGGCAGGGCCGGGAGGUGCUCAUGAAGGAGGUGAGUGAGGUGCGCAAUCGAAUCAAGCAGGAGAGGGAGGAGGUGGCAGCAGCGGCAGCGCGGGGAGGUGGUGGAGGAGGGGGCGAGGGCUCAUCACACAAAACCUGGAAUCAAGACGACCUCCAGCUGCUUAUCAAGGCUGUCAACCUCUUUCCUGUUGGCACAACCAAGAGGUGGGAGGUUGUUGCCGAGUACAUCAACCAGCACACAGCCACCAACAUCACCCGCCAGGCCAAGGAGGUGCUCAACAAGGCCAAGGAACUGCAGCACUCAGACCAGCACAUGAGGGAGGCGGCCAACAAGAAUGCUUACCACAGCAUGGAGAAGGCACAGGCGCGGCAGGUGAUCAGUGAUGCCACGGCCUCACAGAGAUAUGACACGCCUCAGGAGAUGCUGGGAAUGAACACAGCCGCAUGGGGUGCUGAGGAACAGAGGCUGCUGGAGCAAGCACUGAAAACCUACCCUGUCUCCACCCCUGAUCGCUGGGACCGCAUUGCCCAGUGUGUCCCCAACCGCACCAAGAAGGACUGCAUGAGACGUUAUAAGGAACUUGUGGAAAUGGUAAAAGCAAAGAAGGCCGCUCAGGCUGCAGCGGCUGGGAAGAAGUGAGGACCCAGCUGGGACAGUCUCCUUGCUAUGUGAUUUCCCAAGACACUGGAAUUAAGGUGUUGAAAAUAGCCAGCAGCAGCACUUGAAGCGGCUGUCUGUGAGUGACUGGUGCACUUCCCACCUGACUCCCACCUGCCACCACACGACAAGUCCCCACACUCAUCCACUUUUCAGAGAUCCUCCCUUAGCUCCUAUAACUGUUUCCUUAACUUACUGCUCAUUAAAGGCUUUAAAAUCA